AUCGCUUAUAAAUCAAAAUGCCCCUAGCCGCAGAGAGCCGGGAGGGCGGCCCGAGACACAGAGCUUCUGCUGCUGCUUCUGCGGCUGCAUCUAAACGGGUUCCGCACCGCGUUCUUCCCUCGCGAUUCGAUCCGAUCCAAUCCGACUCGUGGUGUGCAGUGCUGUGCUAUGGCGUGGCGCAGCGCGGCGGGGCAAGGUGAGACGAGACGACGCUGUGUGCCGUUUUUGGGGCCCCUGUCAGGCAACGUGUUGCGCAGCUCAGGUUACUUAUUUAUACACGGCCAGGGACUUUUAGCUGCCGGGCCUGCUCCUGUGCCUCCGUCGCGCCACCAUCUGAAGAUGGAGCGGAGCACCACCGGCCUUUGCUUCAGCUUCAGCUCAAACUCCAGCUCCAUCUGCAUCUGCAUCAACGACAGAAGUUCAGGCGGUCAUGCCUUUUCAAACUUGACUUCCUUUUCGGCUGCAGUACCUCGUCCCCCCCCACCAAACGCAGCAUCUUCCCCACUCCACUCUUCCCGAUCCAGAGGCAUGUGCGUGCAUUCGAUUUUCAGCAGAUAAUCAAGGCCGGUUCUUUGUUGUUGUUUGUGGCUGUUUGCUUGCGUGUUAACCUCAUGUAAAUUAUGGCCGUAAGGCAGGGCCGAGGAAGGAGCCCAUGGCCAGAAGAACCAACAAAAAUGCGAGUGUUGAAAUUAUAUUUAAUUUGCAUAUGUUGAAAGAGGAGCAGGAGCAGGAGCGGGAGCAGGAGCUGGAGCAGCAGGAGCCACAGGUCCACAUGCAAAUGAGUUGAGGGAGUUCUUUGCUCGGGGAUCAGGUGUUGUCAUGGAAUUUGUCAUGGCAUCGCGAACAGAUCCUGCCCUCAAAUGUAAUGAAUGAAUGCCGGUUUUUCCCCUCUGCGAUUUCCUUUGAUUUCUCUGGCUGCUGCUUCGCCAUCACAAUCAUCUGUCGCCUGUCACUUGCUCCCGUUUGAAGUGGUGC